AUGUAAUUUUUUCAAAAAUUCAAAAUGAUUGGGAAACGUUAACAUCAAAACAUGAAGUCUUUGUUUUAAAGAAAUAUGCAAAUAGAUGCAGAUUAUAUAAUAUUGUUUGCUUUGGUGGAUUUUUUGGAAAUAUGACAAUUUACUUGUUUACACGUUCUAUUGUGUUACUAAUUGAUUCGUUUAAAGAUAACAACAUAACUAGACCGGUUUUAGUUAUUGUUGACUUUGGUUUAGAUAAAGAAAAAUAUUAUUAUUUAAUACUAUUAACUCUUCAUUUGGUUGCUUACUUAUGUGCUACUUUGACUGUAAAUGGAGCUAUGAUUUUGUCAAUGCUACUUGAACAUGCUUGUGGAAUGUUUGAAAUUAUUGGGCAUAAAAUGACAACUGCUCUUAAUGAAAAUCAAGAUCACAAUAAUAAAUUCAGUUCAAAAAAUAAUCUUCAGCAAGAAAUAAUAAUUUGUGUGAAAAUGCAUAAAAAAGUCCUAUUGUUUGUCGAUGAUAUCCACAAGCUCUAUUCAACUGCAUAUUUUUUAAUAUUUGGACUCUGUAUACUUGAUUUAAGCAUCACUGGAGUUCAGACUGUGAUGUUUAUAAAUAAUGCCAGGGAAGCUGCAAGAUUUGGAUUUCACACAUUUUCUCAAGCAUUUCAUCUUUUUCUUUUAACUAUUCCAACUCAACAUUUACUGGAUGUUAGCCUUUGCAUUUCUGACUGCAUAUACUGUGCAAAUUGGUUUCAACUGUCAAUCGCAAAUAAAAAAUCGUUACUUAUCAUAAUGAAAAGAGCGGCUGAACCUACAAAAUUGAUUGUUGGAGGGGUAUUUACAGUUUCUUUAGAGUUUUUUAAAAAGGUUAUCUCAACAUCAAUAUCUUACUUCACUGUAUUUUUGGCUGUACGAAAAUAAACUGCGGGAUUUUUAUUGUUAUAUUAUGGGACAUUUAUUUUAUUAUUCAUUUCUAAAUGUUUAAAGCUAGAUGAAGUAUUUUUAAAGCUUAAAUGUAGUAAAAAAUAAUUACUAUCACCAAUAUUUUUGUAG